GAAAAAUGGGCGAUAUUCCGCAUAUUUAAUUUGAAAGCCGCAUGCGUUAAUCAUUGCAACAAAUUAAAGAAGUUUAAAGUGUUAAGUGUGAGAUAGAAGUCAAUUUAAAUAAUAACAUCGCGCCGAUCGAUGGCUAUCAUUUUCAUAAAUUUGUGUCAAAAUUUCUUUCAAUGCGAAUCCCAUCCCCCAAUAUUAUUUCAUGGCUUGUCGGUGCCCGUCAAUGACUCUUCAACACGCUAUACAAUCAGAUAUAAAAUUUGGCGAACUGGACUAAAGUUCUAUACAGGCAAAAACAAAUAUUCAAAUUUUCGACUUCUCGCUCUCAAGAAUGUCUUAAACUGUUCGGCGGAGAUGUAAUUUAUAAGAAUUUAAUGCCCCGCUUUUUCUCGGGCUGUUUUGAGGUUGUAAUUUUUAAAUGGGAAGUUUUGAAAGGUUGGGGGAAUGAUACUGGUUUACUUGUCGGCCUGUUAUUUAAGAAGUUGUGAUAUUAAGGCCAGUAAAAUUGCUGAAAGUUGAUAACGGCACAAACGGGAAACUUUUGUCACUUUCGCUGGCCCUUUGUACGCUUUUGUGCCGACUUUUAGGCCUGAAGUUUACAGGAUUAAAUAUCUGAAAAAUGAGAUAAGAAUUAUCAUCGAUGGAACAUUUAUCAAAAGAAGUUUUAAUUACUCUGGGUUCCUUGAUUGUGAACGCACGAACACAACCAUUAAAGUCCCACAUUAUGAAGAAGACGAUCUUCCGAAAAUGAAAAAUUGCAUAUUUUAUAUUUACGACGAAGACUUGAAUUAUACGAACGAAAUUCACAACAGGACAUUGUGGUAAAUUUCAAUCUACUUGACAGAAAAAUCAACUGCGGGUGAUUCAAUGAAAUACGAUGGAAUAUUAUUUCGAUGGAGAUUAAAAAACUGGUUUAUUUCCUUCCGGGCCCGAUCUUGAUGUUGAUUGGAUUAAUAAUAAACCUUGUAAGUUUCAGCACCGCUCACUGGUCUAAGGAUCAGGUGAGUAACGCAGGCCUGUGGAAGAUGUGUUUAGGCCUGAGUCCCAGAGAUAAAGAGAGACAGUGUUUUCAUUUCAGUAGCCGGAGCCAUCUGCCAUUGAUGACGUUCGUAUGCAGUGCUUUGUCGACAGUAGGACUAAUUUUGCUGUGCAUCUCUACGGCUUGGUCGAUACUCUCGUUCUUCCAAAAUAAAAAGAGAUCGCGUUUAUGGACUCAGAAGUCGGGUACGCUGUGUUUAAUUUCCGUUGUGUUCAAUUUAUUUGCCCUCUGCAUCUACGCUGGAUCGUUCGAAUCUAUAUCUUACGACAUGAUUCCGAAGUGGUCCGGAGUUUACGACAUGAGCCUAUCCUGGUCCUUCACCAUAGGAUGCAUUGGAACGUGUUUAUCCUUGAUAGGGUCAACGAUAUCCAUUUAUGUGGCUUUAAAAUUUGGAACAAAUGUACACAUUUCUACAAACGUUUCUCGAGUCCCCCCUCUGCAAGUUCAUCCGCCUCCCAGCAGUCGACUAUCUUCGCCACCUAGGUUCGGGACUCCUCGGGUUUCUUCGCCACUUCCGUUCAGCACCAAAGCGUAUUCGUCUCAUUCAAAACGGAACAUUACACCAGUGAAUAUUUCAUGACAGCAAACUUAUUUUGAAAUAGAGCAGUGAUUUUUUUAACUUUGUCCUUAUAUUAUGGUCAUCUUUAUCUAUUCUGUUUUUUAAGAUUUUGAGAUUUAUAUUACGUUACAUUUAAUAGUUAAUCUCUGCCGUUUUUGAUAA